UGACAUUUGGGUUAUUGAUUUGUGGUUUACGUUUGCGUUUGCCUAUUUUUGAUUAAAUUAAAUUAAAUCAGCAAAAGGGUGAUCUUGCUGAUAAAUAACAGUAUUCCAAAUUAGAUACAUAGAAACUAUAAAAAUGUCUAGACAAACUUCCCGUCUCGAUGCCAAGAAAGUCAAUUCUGAGCUUCUAACCCUAACUUAUGGAGCUCUAGUGUCUCAAAUGCUGAAAGAGACUGAAAAUCCUGAAGAUGUGAACAAGCAAUUGGAACGCAUUGGAUACAACAUGGGCGUAAGACUAAUCGAAGAUUUCCUGGCCAGGACAACGUCGACACGAUGCCUAGAAAUGAGGGAGACCGCUGACAAGAUACAGCAGGCUUUCAGGUUAUACCUAAAUAUGCAGCCCACAGUGACAAGCUGGAGUAGUUCUGGAGAUGAGUUCUCGCUAGUCUGGGACCAGUGUGCCCUGAGCGAUUGGGUGGAGAUGCCCAACAAUGGGUUGCGGUACUGUGCACUGAUUCCCGGAGCCAUCCGCGGAGCUCUGCAGAUGGUACAGCUUGAAGUACAGUGCUGGUUUGUGCAGGAUCAACUCAAAGGAGAUGCUGUAACUGAAUUACGAGUAAAAUAUAUAAAGAGGUUAGAAGACGCUGUGCCCGCUGGUGAAGACUAGUCAUUUAAUUCUAUUGUAUAACUUUAUUUUAUUCUCAUUAUAAGUCUACAAGCAAAAUAUUAUUUUAUUCCAACAAGCUCAAAUCACAGAUUUGUCUGAUGAUUUUGAAUUCCAUUCCGUUGAAAAGAGAAUAGUGUUUGUAGUUAAAUUAUGUUUGUAAAUACCAACUUUUAACCUGCAGCUAUUUACCUUAUUGUCAAUGCUGUAGAAGACAAAAUUGUUUGAAUUGUAAAAAUUCGUUUGUAUUUUUGUUGUCAAGUUUCUCACUAGAUGGCGCUAAGGAAAAUUUAAGCUUGUUAGCCAUUAGCCUCUAUUAAGUGGCAAGAGUAUGAGAAAUAAGAAACAUGAAACUUUGAUCGUAGUACUGUUGCUUACCUUCCAUCAGAAAGUACCUAAAUAUUACUCAAAAUCAAUCUAUAUCAAUCAGGUUCCCCAAUACCAAAUAAGAACCGAAAGAAAUUAAAUAUUUUCUUAUCAUAAUUAUUGCGAUUACUAGGAAUAUGUAAAAGUAGUUAUUUAGCAUAGUGAUAAGCUCAAAAUUAUAUGAAUAAACCAAUAAAAUUGUA